AUGGAAGAGGGGCCCGCUUCACCCGAUGCUGAGGGCCCAGCUUCACCAACAGAACAAUGCCCGGCCUCCCCAUCAGCAAAUCGUGUGGAAACGAUCGAAGAUGUCGAUAUGAGGCCGUCUUCACAGAUUGAAGUGGCUGCUCCACGAUUUAGCUGGCCGACCGCUAACAUUACCCGAGCUGACCCGCAAGAAAUCAUUGAACAAGAAAAGAAAACCGGAUAUUUGGCGCGGGGCCUCGCUGACAAUAUGGCGUUGCGGGAUCGAUUUAUGGAAAUGGUUAAAGGGGAUGUACAAGCCCUAUAUCGGAAUCGAGCUGUAUAUGCAAAUACUUCAGUCAAAGAAUUGACGGAAACUCCGAUUAGUGUCUUCCAGAAGAUCCCCAUGAUGAGAAGCUCUGUAAUCGAUUAUUUUGGGAGAUUAGUACACGAGUCGGCUCAUUCUUCCUUCAGUCGUAUGGAAAAAGCAGCGUAUAAAAGUAAUAACUCACUGAGAAAUGCUAUUGAAGAAAUUUUUGUCACCCUACAGCCAUCCCUGCUUACAAUAAACAGUUGCGAGCUCUACAUCGAGAUGUUACAGAGUUUAUGUCGAGUUGCCUCCGAACUGAUAGGCAUGAAUAAAGAUCGGCCUUGCUUUUCACAUAAUAAAAAUCCUGAAGACCAAUACCAUACCCUGAGACGAGCCGAAUCGGUUGCGACGUUUCUAAAAUUUGUAGAUUUUGUUAUUGUACAAUUGGCUAACAUGGAUAAAGCCGAAGAAAUCAUCGUCUCGAUUCUCCGGCUCGAAGGGCCAAGCAUAAAAUUGGAAUGGCUGUGGACUCAUAUUGUCCACAACUUCACCGGCACCAUCGUCGCGAAUAUAUUCUCCGCAGGCUUACACCGCUUUAAAAACUUUUUCCUCAAAACAUAUUCGGCAAACUAUCUAAAGGGAAUGCGCCAACGAGAUUUUCAAGUCUGGCAUCACGCCUAUGUAAACCUGUUUAAUUUUAUCUCCCACAAACAUAAAUUCCGAUUACGCGAAGUGGUUCGAAUCGCUUAUCAGGAUGGCUUGCAAAGCAAACUGGGCGAAAACGGAUUCUACGAAGACUUCUCACUGCCGUUCAUCUUCAAACUAGCCUCCUCUUCACCGACUGUUCUACAUUUCAUUUUGGAUAGUCUAAAAGAUUUGGUAACCCCUGUCAACGUUCUGAAGGCAACACAGCAGCUAAAUACGAUUCCUACGACCUACAUACUCCCGGAGCAGCGC